GUGAAAUCCGUAUAUAAAACUGUGCGUGUUCGGUUUUAAGCAUUGUGAUAGGUCCAUGAAAGGCGUAAAACGUUUCGUAAACGGUUUCAGCAUUCACUUUUUGUUGCGAAGCUCUUCAGAGCUACAGGUUCAACACAUGAUCGUGUGGAAGCCAGGGCGCGUCGCGAGCCACCUGUCAAGUGGCUGUUUCAUCAAAUCAUUUCUUUAUUGCGCAGCCUCCAGCGGGCGCAGUUUUUGUGCCGUUUUGAAAAAGGAACGUGGCUGUGGGAGCUCGGUCGGGUAGGUCGGGGCUCGCCGCGCUGCCUUCAGUCAGGUGGCAGGCGCCGCGCGCGACACACCGCUCCGACCGUCCCCGACACUCUUCACUGUCGCACCACACACGGAAAUAUUAUAAAACAUUCAAGUCAAUAAUAAUAAAAUGAAAAUUAAUUGUGCCGGCCGCAAGUUCUAAAUAAACAUUGAAAACUACUGAGUGCCUGAAAGUGACUUGCUAUAAGGAAGUUUCAGUUCCCGCCGCCCACGAUGUCUCGUCACAUGCUGCUGCCGCGGCUGGCGGAGUUCCCCCCCGCACCACCCCCCGCGUACCGCUACCCCUCCCCCGCGCGCAGCGAGUCACCCCCCGCCUCGCCGCGCUCACCCCCGCGCUCGCCCGCUGACCUCCUACACCUGGGAGAUCUGGAGAUCGCUGGGCGCGCACUCAAGCAGUAUGCCAGAGCUACUGAGCUGGGCGCACUCAUGUACUGCAGCGGGCUGGGCGCGCUGUACGGCGGCGGCGUGUGGCCGCUGCUGCUGCGCCGCCCGCCCUCGCCGCCCGCCCUCGUGCACGACGCCCGCCACACACCGCCCAGAGACGAUGAUGAAGAAGAGUUACCACUGAACCUGUCGACGAAGAACCGUCAAAUCUGGUCCCCGGGCAGCGCGUGCGAGCGCGAGGGCCGCGCGGGGGGCGGGGGCGGCGGGGGCGAGUCCCCGCCCGGCUCGUGGGACGCCGACGACGACUCCGCGCCGCUGGAGCUGGUGAAGCGCUGCCACAGCAGCCCCGAGCAGCGCGCGCGCAGCGCCGAGCCGCGCCGCUGCCCCUCUGCGCCCGCGCCGCUGCCGCACCCCCCCGCGCGCGCCGCACCCACCGACAUCAGCUUCUCACUCCUCGCCAAGAACGAAAACAAAAGUGAAAAAACAUUCCAGUGCAAGCAGUGCGGCAAGUGCUUCAAGCGGUCGAGCACGCUGUCCACGCACCUGCUCAUCCACUCGGACACGCGGCCCUACCCCUGCCAGUACUGCGGCAAGCGAUUCCACCAGAAGUCGGACAUGAAGAAGCACACCUACAUACACACAGGGGAGAAGCCGCACAAGUGCGUGGUGUGCUCGAAGGCGUUCAGCCAGAGCUCGAACCUGAUCACGCACAUGCGCAAGCACACGGGCUACAAGCCCUUCUCCUGCGGGCUCUGCGACAAGGCCUUCCAGAGGAAGGUGGACCUGCGCCGCCACCGCGACUCGCAGCACGGCGAGGCCGCCCCCGCGCCGCUCGCGCCCCGCCCGCCCUACCGCUACUUCAGCGACGCGCUCGCCAACUGAAACAGAAAAUACACCAGUGACAGCACAUGUCAGUUUAAUAAUCAAGAGUGGAUUUGCCAUGCCAUGUACAAAUUAAAAUUGUCUCUGUACCAAUGAGCAGUAGCAUAAGAGGCUGUACGCAGAUUUGUGUAAAUAUACCUAGUUAACUUGUUACCUUAUCACGCCCAAGUGCCUUAGUGAUGCCUGUAAAGAUGUGUGAGAUGGUGUGAGAGUAUGAAUGAAUGGGGGAGCUAUUUACAAUUAUUUAUUACCAGCAUCCGUCCGGUUUGCGUGAUAGUAGAUGUUUACCUAUUAGUACUGAUUGUGAGUUGACCACACAAGUCAUGUUUUACUAGCUAUAAGUUUGUAAAGUCUUUAAAACCAAAGUAAAGUGUCUGAUUAGUCGAGUGUGAAACGCUUUAUUUAUAAAUCUACGUGUUUAAGUCUAAUAACUAAGUUAACUUAGGUUGGUAAAGAUUUAUGGGCAUACCUAUAAGUUGUCUAUGUAAAUAUUUUGCCUAAUUAGGUAUAAUUUUCUAUUGUAAUUAAUUUAAGAAAUUGAGACCUAGAAUUUAUUUUAUAAAUAUCUACCGAGAAUUAUCAUUCCUUUAUCGUACUUGGGUAAAGUAGGUAUGAUUUUGUGUUACCUACAGGUCAUUAUAUGAGCCAGACAUAAGUCUGGAUAACUAGUUACUUAACUACUUACCUAUUUGUUUGUGCUUUCAACCAAGUUUGUUACCAGUUGCAUUUUAUAACUUUUACAUGAAUACCUACCUAAUUAGAUUUUUUUCAGUAAAUAACUACCAACUACGAAUGAAAAUUCAUACCUCUAUUAUGUUGAUACCAGUUUACUUUGAAACUUAGUUAUACUUUUAGCCUUAAUAAUUUGAUGAAGCAACUGGGUACAUUUCAACUACCUAAGUACCUAUUAUGUACUAAUAGUUGUAGACAUUAUUUUUCAUUGUGACUGAAAUUUUAGACUACUUAUUUAAUUUAGUCAGAUAGGUAGUAAUAACAGAAUUUAAGAUAAGUAGUUUAGUCAAGGCAAAAUUCUAAAUAUUACCUAAAAAUGCGCAUUGAUGAUGUCGUAUAUUAAAAUUAUGUGGAUUAUUACCUAAUAAUGUAAUUGCACUUUAUGUUUUUUUUGUGACGUCUUUGUGAUAUUGAGAUGAGAUGUGAGAAAUUCGGCAUAGCCUUUUAUAGGGUUAGACGUAAGGAUUAAUUAAAAGAAUGAAAGAAUUUCGGGUGAUUUUAAAGCACGUGAUGCAAUAACGGCUAGAACACCAAAGAGUUGUCUUUAUGUUAGCUUACCAUCGUCAUCGUCUACGACCGACUAAUGUUCGAAUUCACCUCGAGAAGCUCAUGAUUAUACCUAUAGCUACUA